AUGUAUCCAUUGUUUCAGAAUUGGAAAAGUAUUGAAUCUGUCUCCUUAAAUCAAGUGCCUUUGGAAUCAGAUGAUGUUGUACAGUCUGUUCAAAAGGAUGUCAUCUCACAAACAGAUGAAAGCUUUACACCAUCAACAGUUAAUAAAUCAACCGCAACAACACCGGGCAAAAUAUCAACUGAUUUGAAGCGCAACCUCCAAGACAUUUAUGACGUUAAUUCUGGAGAUGAUUUAAGUUCAACUAAGGCUAAAAGAAAAUCAAUCGGAGAUGAAACUCCACUCUUAAUUCCAAAAGUCGAGAAGUGA